AUGUCCCAGUUCCUCGACCACAAAGGUCUGACAAGUGCGGGCCUUGUCCCGGACAUUGUGGUUUUCGGCGCGAUGAUCUCCGCCUAUGCUAGGUUGGGCGACAUGGACGCUGCCGAAGAUUGGCUGCGACAAGCAGUCGACGCCGACCUGUCUCCAAAUCUGCUCAUGUACAAUGCGAUCAUCAAUGGCCAUGCCAACAACGGUCACCUGCAAAAGGCAGAAGGGCUCCUCCAAGAGGUGAUGGCGAAGGGUUUGGUGCCCGAUGCUGUAACUUACACUGGCUUCAUCACAGCCCAUGCCAGACGGGGAGAUCCGGAGGCAGCAGAGCGUUGGUUCUUCGCGAUGAUGGAGAAGGGGGUCCGGCCUGAUCGCUAUGCUUAUGAAGCGCUCCUUAGUGCUUGGGCGAAGAAGGGCAACUUUCAGCGGGUGGAGGAGUUUCUGCAGCACAUGACGGAGGCCUCCAUCCCGCCAAAUGUCAUCAGCUACACUUCUGCAAUGGACGCCUGUGCAGCUUGUCGUGAUCGGUCAAGGCCAAGCUUCCUUCCAGAGCCGAAGUUUGGUUCCGACAUCUACUCCAGCAUCAAGGUGCGGCGGAGCAUCCGGAUAAGGCAAGAUCUUGUGCAGGGCUACCAGGCCGUAUCGGAGCAGGAAGCAUUCGAAGACGACGACUACGACUGUAUAGCAUACUCAUCAACGGAUAUGCUUUACAAGGAAUGGGCAGACAGCCGAGAUGCACUUGACAUGUUCUGUGAUUUCGCAGGUCACUCGUUGAGAUCUAAUCAGGCAAUAGAGGAGGCCAACAACUGUUUUCAUGUGGCUUGCAACAUCGAGUCGGUGGCCAGGAUGUCCAUGUUCCGGCUGUUCCUCGCAGCAUCUUUGCAUCGAUCCGUGGCGGAGUUCGUUCUCGAUGUAGGCGCUCCACGCACGGGCACGCAAAGCAUGUGGACAGCCAUGAAGAUGCUUGGCCUGAACACCUUGUGGAGCGGAUACUAUUCUAGCUUCCGCGUCCCCUUCUGCCAAUACCUCAUGGAGAAAGACGUCCCUUUUCCAGCAGAGCUGCUUCAGGGAUUCGAAGGAGCCAUGGACGAGCCGUUCCACCUCCUCUACGAGGAAGUUUUGCGCGCAUACCCGGAUGCAAAGUUUGUGUACACUCUUGCGGAUCCCGAGACAUGGUAUGAUAGCUACAUCAACUUCUACGAUCACCUCCCUCAUGGGUAUUUUGGAACAGGUGACCGUCACGCUCCGCCGGUUAUCCAUGUCAAAGAGCCCAUGAAUCGCAUGGUGGCGUUACAAAAGGCUAAGGCCGGACAGGAUCCGCCGAAGAACCCCAAUGACGUCGACAACAUGGCCCCAGGGUUAGCGGCAGAAUUUUGGGAAUGCAACUCUGUCCAUGACUGGGGCUGCCGUUUUGAGAAUCUGGACGAUCGCAACGAUCCAGAGGUCCGGCAGCGAUGUUUGAAAGGAUUUCAACAACACAAAGAGAAGGUCUUCCGUACCAUUCCCAAAGAGCGCCUCCUCGUCUUUAACCUCUCGGAUGGCUGGACACCUUUGUGCGACUUCCUGGGCAAGCCCGUUCCAGAUGAAGCAUUCCCACGUGUGGACCGCUUCGAGUUGCUCCCAAAAGUGGCACCCACGACGGGCGUGUCCCUCGUGCAGCGUCAUGCUGAACGCCUACGCCGCAAAGACGAGCUCUGA